AGGCGCGGGGAGGGGGGCGCCCGGAGGCAGGGGGAGCGCCCGGAUCGCAGGCAGCGAGCCACCUCCUCCCGCUUCCCCCGGCACAGGUGAUGCUCCUAAAUUGUGGCGACUUGGUGGCGGCGGCCGUGCGGCGGGGAGGAUGCGAGCGAGCUAGGCUGCGCGGCCUGCGGCGGCGGCGGAGCUGAGCGCGGAGCGCGGAGCGCGCGCGCGGGACGGACGCACGCCCAACUUGGACCGCAUCGCCCGCGCCUCUCGCGGGAAGCCCGGGUCCGCUUCCCUUCCCCUUCUCCCCCUUUUUUUCCUUCCCUUUUUUUUUUUUUUUCCUUUUCCUUGUCUGCACGCGAGAUCCAAACUUUGGCACUUGAUCCCCUUUCUCGGAUUGCUUUGUGGAGAAGACUGGUUUGCUGGCACCGCUGGAGAUUCGAGUCAGGACAGUGUUGUUGUUAAAAAGAAAAGAAAAGAAAAAUCACUUUUUUUUUAAAUUUAAAGAAGACGAUCGUGAAGGAUCAGACUUUUUAAAUGUUUGGGAUUCAAGAUACUUUAGGAAGAGGACCAGCUCUGAAGGAGAAGUCUCUGGGCGCGGAGAUGGAUUCGGUCCGGUCCUGGGUCCGGAACGUCGGCGUCGUGGACGCCAAUGUCGCCGCGCAGAGUGGGGUAGCCCUGUCCCGGGCUCACUUCGAGAAGCAGCCUCCGUCUAACUUGAGGAAAUCCAACUUUUUCCAUUUCGUCCUGGCGCUCUACGACCGGCAGGGACAGCCGGUGGAGAUCGAGCGAACGGCCUUCGUAGACUUUGUGGAAAAUGACAAAGAGCAAGGAAACGAGAAGACCAACAACGGCACCCACUACAAAUUACAGCUCCUGUACAGCAACGGCGUUCGGACGGAGCAGGACCUCUACGUGAGGCUCAUUGACUCUGUCACCAAGCAGCCCAUAGCUUACGAGGGACAGAAUAAGAAUCCGGAGAUGUGCCGAGUUCUCCUGACACAUGAAGUCAUGUGCAGUCGAUGCUGUGAAAAGAAAAGCUGUGGAAACCGCAACGAGACGCCUUCCGACCCGGUUAUCAUCGACAGAUUCUUUUUAAAAUUUUUCCUCAAGUGCAAUCAGAAUUGUUUGAAAACAGCGGGAAACCCCAGGGACAUGAGACGGUUUCAGGUGGUGUUGUCAACCACGGUGAAUGUGGAUGGACACGUGCUGGCUGUCUCAGACAACAUGUUUGUUCACAACAACUCCAAGCACGGGCGGAGAGCGAGGAGGCUGGACCCAUCAGAAGCCACGCCCUGCAUCAAAGCCAUCAGCCCCAGCGAAGGCUGGACCACAGGGGGCGCCAUGGUCAUCAUCAUCGGCGACAACUUCUUCGAUGGCCUGCAGGUGGUGUUUGGCACCAUGCUGGUGUGGAGUGAGCUGAUAACCCCUCAUGCCAUCCGGGUGCAGACUCCUCCGCGCCACAUCCCCGGAGUUGUGGAAGUGACAUUAUCGUACAAGUCCAAGCAGUUCUGCAAAGGAGCCCCUGGAAGGUUCAUUUACACAGCACUCAAUGAACCCACCAUCGACUACGGUUUCCAGAGACUGCAGAAAGUCAUCCCCAGACACCCAGGGGAUCCGGAGAGAUUAGCAAAGGAAAUGCUGCUGAAAAGAGCUGCCGACCUGGUGGAGGCCCUCUACGGCACACCCCACAAUAACCAGGACAUCAUUUUGAAGCGCGCCGCAGACAUUGCCGAGGCCCUGUACAGCGUCCCCAGGAACCCCAGUCAGAUCCCGGCUCUCUCCAGCUCCCCAGCUCACGGUGGCAUGAUGGGCAUCAAUUCCUAUGGCAGCCAACUUGGGGUCAGCAUCUCAGAGUCCACGCAAGGAAAUAAUCAAGGUUACAUUCGCAACACGAGCAGCAUCUCCCCGAGGGGUUACUCCUCCAGCUCCACACCUCAGCAGUCGAAUUACAGUACCUCCAGCAACAGUAUGAACGGCUACAGCAACGUCCCCAUGGCCAACCUGGGCGUGCCAGGGUCUCCCGGGUUCUUGAACGGCUCCCCAACAGGCUCCCCCUAUGGAAUCAUGUCCUCCAGCCCCACCGUCGGCUCCUCCAGCACGUCCUCCAUCCUCCCGUUUUCCUCUUCGGUUUUCCCUGCUGUCAAACAGAAGAGUGCCUUUGCCCCUGUCAUCAGGCCCCAAGGCUCCCCUUCCCCGGCCUGCUCCAGCGGCAACGGAAAUGGAUUCAGAGCCAUGACAGGACUGGUCGUGCCCCCGAUGUGAAGCAGAGGAAGGCCUGCUUUCUCACAGCACAAAACUACUUACACUGAUGGACCAAUCAUGAGGAACGCACUCGGAGCUCUUUGGGGAGAGUUGCGCCCCCACCUCCUCCCCCCCAUGGACGUGAUGGACACAGAUCUGGGAAGGCAACCGCCGCCAUCUUCCUUGGUCCCACAUUUCCCUGUAG